UACUAUUUAAGCGUUACGAGCCUCUUCCUAAAACCCAUUCUCUUAAAACUCUUCACUCCUCAUUCUUCUUUUGCACUACUCAAUCGCCACUUCAGACCCUAUCAUUCCUGCAUGGCGGCGCGUGUAUUUCAACUCAUGGAUCAACAAUUUCCUCUUCACUCUGAUUCUAAAUUCGACGAAAACAUCACAGACUCGGAUGUUCUACAUGAGAUUGAUAAUUUCAUUCAUCGAGCUGAGAUGCAGGCAUACGCUUCUGUGUUGCGUACUUUCAUAUACAAAACCAACGAUCUCAAUCAGGAAAAGCAAAAUUUGAUAAUUAGUCUUCUAAAAGAACUCAAGAUUUCAAACGAUGAACACAAGGAGGUUCUUGCUGAGAUUAAAAAUGAUGAAAUGAUCCAUCUCGUUAGGGAGUGGAAAUCUUUUGACACUUUUUCACCUGAAAAGGGCAUCAAAUCACCCUUUCCAACAGAUUCAGCUUCCCAACAGGAUCAACCAUUGUCCAGUUUAUCUUCAGUGGAAUCUGUGCAGGAUCCUUCUGUGGAACCUGCAAAAGCAGCACCUAAAGAUCCACUGAUAGGGAAGAAAGUUUGUACUAGAUGGUCAUCGCCUAACGGCCCUUUUUAUGAGGCUGACAUAACAGAGUAUGACCCUGCCAAGGGCACGUAUAAAGUGGUCUAUGGUGCUAAUACACCAAAGGAGUUUUACUAUUGGGUUGAUCUGAAAAAGAUCUUACCAGAGCAUGUAGAAUGGGAAGGGGCUGAUCAUGUACCAAGUACUGUCGAAGAAAAUGAAGACAGUGACAAUGAUAAUGCAGAAGAAAAGGUGAAGAAAGGUGUAAAAAUGAGUAUAAGGUGUACUCAAACCCUUACCAGACCAGCAGUACCCAAAAGUAAAAGUAAAAGUAAAAGCAAAGCUUCAAAAACGAAAGAAAGUGCAUGAAGUGUGUCCUUGCAUGGGAAAUUAACUGAGGAAGAAUGAAUCUACAGAAAUUUAGGGAAAGAAACCAUCUUUAGUUUUUUAGAACAGUUCUGUUAAGUGCAAUUACUUUAAUUGAUUUUCCUUUAAGCUUUCUGCA